AAUAAAAUUUGAAAUCUAAAGGGAAAUAUAAAACGAGAGAGAGAGAGAGAGAGAGAGAGAGAGAGAGAGAGGAAAAGGCGCAUGUGAUCAAGCCUCCACCGUAAAAGAGAAGGCCAAAGACCUCCACAGAGACUCUCUCUCUCUCUCUUCCGGCGAUUUAGUUCAAAUUUCGCAACCGUGCUCCGCCGCAGCCUUCGCCGUGAGGGACAAAUCUUCGCCGAAUCUCUACGAUUCGCGACCUUAUCUCCGCCGCAGCUGCCAGGGGACUUAUUAUGUAAUCUUCUGACGAAAAUUAGGAUAUUGAGAUCUGUCGAUUUUUCCUCAAAUGCUAGCGAAAAAUCGGCUGCCGGGAAGCGGCCACACUACACCCUCCCCUCCGGGGUCUCCUCGCCGCUCUCCUCGUUACCGUCGGUCAAAAGCCUCCGGUCGCUUUCCCACCGUUGUUCAGCCAAAUCGGACCCUCGCUCAUCGCCUCUCGUGGCUCAUCGUAUCGGUUCUCCUCCGGCGUCAGGGGGUUUUCCUAUUCGCUCCUCUAAUCUACAUCUCGUGUAUGCUGAUUUACAUGGGAACUGUUUCGUUCGACGUUGGUCCCAUCAUAAGGCAUCGGUCUCCGCCUGGAUCCGUCUACAAAAGCCCCCAGCUUUACGCCAAGCUCCGCCCUGAGAUGGACGCUGAUAACUCCACGGCUGAUGCGAUAUCAACCAUUUGGAAGCAUUCCUAUAAAGGUGUGGAGUGGAAGCCGUACGUGAACAAGUCCACUGGAGCCUUGCCGGACUCGAACGGUUACAUAUAUGUGGAGGCAAACGGGGGCUUGAAUCAGCAACGGACAUCGAUAUGCAAUGCGGUUGCUGUCGCAGGCUAUCUUAAUGCAACUCUAGUGAUUCCUAACUUUCACUAUCACAGCAUAUGGAGAGAUCCAAGUAAAUUUGGGGAUAUCUACGAUGAAGAGUUCUUUGUCAGUACCUUAGCAAAUGAUGUGCGGGUGGUUGACACAAUUCCUGAAUAUCUAAUGGAGCGAUUUGACUAUAACAUGACAAAUGUCUACAACUUCAGAGUCAAAGCUUGGUCACCUAUUCAAUAUUAUCGGGACUCGAUCUUGCCGAAGCUACUUGAGGAGAAGGUUAUACGAAUAUCCCCAUUUGCAAAUAGACUUUCGUUUGAUGCUCCUAAACCUGUCCAGAGACUUAGAUGUUUGGCGAAUUACGAAGCUCUGAGGUUUGCAGAACCCAUACUAACCCUAGGAGAAACACUGGUGAAGAGAAUGAAGGAGCAAAGCGCAAACCACGGAGCAAAGUACGUAUCUGUACAUCUGCGCUUUGAAGAGGACAUGGUAGCUUUCUCCUGUUGUGUAUUUGAUGGUGGCAAGCAAGAAAAACAAGAUAUGAUUGCAGCAAGAGAACGAGGAUGGAAAGGAAAAUUCACAAAACCAGGCCGUGUUAUUCGACCUGGCGCUAUCAGGCAAAAUGGGAAAUGCCCGUUAACUCCUUUAGAGGUGGGUUUAAUGCUUAGAGGAAUGGGUUUCAACAAAAGCACAUAUAUAUACCUUGCAUCUGGUCAGAUAUAUAAUGCGAAUAGAACGAUGGCCCCGCUACUAGAGAUGUUCCCGAAUUUACAAACAAAGGAGAUGCUUGCCUCAGAGGAGGAACUUGCUCCAUAUAAGAACUUCUCUUCCAGAAUGGCUGCAAUAGAUUACACGGUCUGUCUCCACAGUGAGGUAUUUGUGACCACACAAGGUGGAAACUUUCCUCACUUUCUCAUGGGUCAUCGAAGAUACUUGUUCGGAGGGCAUUCCAAAACUAUUAGACCAGACAAGCGAAAGUUAGCAAUCAUCUUUGACAAUCCCAACAUUGGAUGGCGGAGUUUUAAACGUCAGAUGCUGAACAUGAGAUCUCAUAGUGACUCAAAAGGGUUUGAGCUUAAAAGACCUAAUGACUCCAUUUACACAUUCCCUUGCCCUGACUGCAUGUCCCGUAGGAACAAAACAACGACCCCAGAUACUAGGCCACCUUCUGCGUCCUGAGAAUACACGUUCAUUUAAUUGCCGGUAGAGUGGUGUUCAUUCCUUGUAAUUCUUAUUCUUUCAAAUCAGAGUGGACUUGGGGACUUGGCCGGCCCAUAGUUUUAGGGGGAAGCAGCUGGAGGGGCUGCAAAAUCGUCUAUUUAUCUCCGGGAAGGGUGGCGAAGGAGUAACAGCCACAACAUUGUUUGAUACGUUUUGACACAUUGAAGCUGAUGCACUAACAGGAGAGAAAAUGAAGGUUUAGUUCAAUCCCUGACUGCUGCUGGUGGGAAAAGAUUAGACAGCGAUUGGAUAUUGUUUUCUUGGGUGUUUUGUGAUUUGAAGCGUUUGCGUUUUGUACAUUGUGUAAACGCAGAAGUGAGAGUCUUUGGUGUUAGGAGAUUUAUAGUCACAGGCAGGAGGAGAGCAGAAAGCUGCCUUGAAAGUUUUGUACAUUGGUUUGGUUAGAGAGACCAUCGUGUCCUUUUUUUGGGUUUAUUGAAAUUCUUUUGUCACAGGGUUUUAUUUGUCUACAUCAUAUUCUUGCGAGGAGAAUAUUGUUUAGGAAAUAAAUUCCCAAUAUUGAUUUAA